AUGAAUCCGUUUCUGGAUCUUCUCCUGUUUUUGGCUACGCUCAUCUACUCCUACUUAGAGGCUUUUGUGAAGCUUUUUGUGCCUGUGAAGAGAAAGUCUGUCAGUGGAGAGCUCGUUCUCAUCACGGGUGCUGGCCAUGGCGUAGGGAGAGCGACUGCCUUCGAGUUUGCCAAGCGUCAAAGCAGGCUGGUUCUGUGGGACAUCAAUAAGACCACAAGAGCUUUUCUGCCAGCCAUGAUGAACAACAACCACGGUCAUAUUGUCACGGUGGCUUCGGCAGCAGGUCAUUUUGUGACUUCUUUCAUGGUGGCUUAUUGUUCAAGCAAGUUUGCUGCGGUUGGAUUUCAUAAGGCUCUGACAGAGGAGCUGUCUACCCUGGGAAAGGAUGGAAUAAAAACUACAUGUCUUUGUCCGGUUUUUAUAAACACUGGGUUUGUCAAAAACCCCAGUACAAGGCUUGGAAAGAUUUUGGAGAUUGAAGAAGUUGUAGAGGCCCUGAUGGAAGGAAUACUGACCAACCAGAAAAUGAUUUUUGUUCCAUCACAUCUAACCAUUGCUUUACUUUCUGAAAUGUUGUUUCCAGAACGUGCCCUGAAUUUUCUGAAAAAGCUGACCAAUGCCAAGUUUGAUGCAGUCAUUGGGCAGAGAAGCACCCAGUGAAAAGCAAAAAUUGAUUCUCAUUUCCCAGUGGCACAAGUGCAAACAGAACAUGUGCUGAGCAGAGUUCAGCUGGUUUGAUUCAGAGCAGAACUAAGACAGAUGCUUCCAGGCCACCAUUGCCAAGCAGACCUCAGGGUUUAUCCUACACCUGCAGCAGGGACACACCUGCAUAACAUGGAGUAUUAACAAAGCAGAGGUGCAGCUCUAGAAGUCUAAAGGGCUGCUUUGGCUGUACGUCACAGCGUCUCUGUCUCCUAGUGCUGAGGUAGACAGGAAUUCCUGCAAAGCCCAUUUUUGGGACAGCACAGCUGCCUACUUGAGUGCAAAGGGAUUGCCUUGAGAAUAUGUUAAUGCGGACUCAUCCCUG